CCAGGACACACCAUGCUGACCGGUGUGGCUGAUGGCAUCAUGUGCUGCCUCCUAGGCUCAACAAACAAUGCUGUGGGUCCUCUGGAAAGUGUUGAGUCCAGUGAUGGCUACACUUUUGUGGAGGUAAAGCCAGGGAGAAUCCUUCGGGUGAAACAUGUGUGCCCCCCACCUGUGGGAGAUCAGCCACCAGCGCCGAUACAGCCAGAAGGGGAGCAGGGUGGGCUAGUUCACUGCAAGAGACGUAUCACAGUCUUCCGCAACGGGCAGCUGGUGGUAGAAAACCUUGGAGAUAUGCUUCGCACUGACCUCCUGCAAGUGUACAAUAAUGUUAGUGAGACACCUUCCGCUCUGGAGCUGGAGUUGUCUGAACCUUCUUCCAUGAUGGGAAACGGGCAGAGUGAAGGAGUUCGCCCAGGUUCAGGGCCUGGCGGACGGCGAAGGAAGAUUCGGCGUCCCAAGCGUACCAUCAAUAUCGACUGUGAGAAGCGGGUCACCAGUUGCAAGGGUGCCCAGGCUGACGUGGUCCUCUUCUUCAUCCAUGGUGUGGGUGGCUCCCUGGCCAUUUGGAAGGAGCAGCUAGACUUCUUUGUUGGCCUGGGCUACGAGGUGGUGGCUCCGGACCUGGCAGGACAUGGGGCCAGCUCUGCCCCACAGGUGGCUGCUGCAUACACUUUCUAUGCUCUUGCUGAGGACAUGCGAGCCAUCUUCAAACGCUAUGCCAAGAGACGAAAUGUGCUCAUUGGGCAUUCGUAUGGGGUUUCCUUUUGCACAUUCCUGGCCCACGAGUACCCGGAGCUGGUUCAUAAAGUGAUCAUGAUCAAUGGUGGGGGCCCCACGGCCCUGGAGCCUAGCCUUUGUUCCAUCUUCAAUAUGCCCACCUGUGUCCUCCGAUGUCUCUCACCUUGCCUGGCCUGGAGCUUCCUCAAGGCCGGCUUUGCUCGCCAGGGGACCAAAGAGAAACAGUUGCUGAAGGAAGGCAAUGCCUUCAAUGUGUCAUCUUUUGUGCUUCGGGCCAUGAUGAGUGGGCAGUACUGGCCAGAGGGUGAUGAGGUCUACCAUGCUGAGCUUACUGUACCUGUUUUGCUGGUGCAUGGCAUGCACGACAAAUUUGUGCCUGUAGAAGAGGACCAGCGUAUGGCAGAGAUCCUCCUCUUAGCUUUUCUGAAGCUCAUUGACGAGGGUAGCCACAUGGUGAUGCUAGAGUGUCCAGAGACAGUCAACACGCUGCUCCAUGAAUUCCUUCUGUGGGAACCAGAGAUCCUGGGGCCUCCUGACCAUCCUGACGCCAGUGCCACCGAGAAGAAAUAAAGCGGACAGAUGGACGGACAGAUCGACCAAUAGGGCGCUUUUCAAAAGGCGGGUUGCUGAAGAAGAAGACGCCUUCCCUCAGGCCUCAGGGAGGGCCAUGGUUGCCCUCCCUCCGGCUAAUGGAGGGAGAGAGGAAAGCCACAAAGAGGGGCCCCCUCCCCACCCAGGGUUCGAGGUGUGCCCAGUGGCAUUCGGAGUUGUCCAGCAGGGCCAGACUGGCCACUGAAGGAGGGGGCUGAAGCCUCCCCCCAACCCCAUCCCACUUUCCUGCUUGUCUCCUUUGCGUACCUGUAGGCGCUAUUUGGGGAGAGAGCUCCCCAUGGCUGACUACCUGGAGGAAAUUAGGGAUAAACCCCUACCCUCCUGGGAGGGAGAUGGCCAGGCCUGGCUUUCUGGGAGGGUUUGACACCCACUCCAGGCUGGUCAGAACAGUAAGGGGACCUUCCCGUGCCCAGCUAUGGCCUCUGGCUACCCCAAGCAGGACUAGUUACACCAUUCCCAAUAUUUCUAGGGAGCUGGAAAUCACCCUCUCUAUAGUUAAGGACCUUGUACAGAAACUUGCCUUCCUUCCAUGUUGCAACGCCUCCCCCAGACCUCCCAGAUCCCCAUUCCAGGUCUCAGUAUUAAGGUCUACUCCUUUGUCUCCCCCUGCGCAUCUGUCUUGUGUGUCUUUGCUGAGGACUGAUUUCUGGAAGGUGAGAGAUCUCUCCAUCAUCAGCACUGCUGCUCCUGGGAAGGAUUCUUCCUCCCUCCUUCCCUCUCUACCGUCCCCUGCCCGUUUGGCCAGGGACACCUUCUCCCACCUGAUGGGGCUCCUCCCAGCUGGAAAUCCCCUUUCAGCUUGAGAGAGGGGUCUGCUGCUGCCUGUGGGGGCAGGGAUGGAAGCGGGUGGGCAGGUGGGUGGGAAGGGAGCAGAUGUGGAUUGUGCAGACCACAUCCUGUAGCCCAAUAAAUGUGACAAUCAACGUCAUCCCCAGGCCUUGGAUGUUGUGAGCUGGGCUCCUGGAAUCUAACUUAAGC